CUGCGUCGCUCCAGGAGAUCAUAUCUAUUCUUCCACAUUUCUACAAGAUCAUCGAUAAGCGUACGAUGGAUAAAAUGGAAACCCCUCCCGUGUACAUUCCUGCUACACGUGUAGUGUCGGCUACGACGGGUCCUGAGCCGGCGCAAGUUGUCUGUCCAGCUUGCAACGCGGAGAUUGUUACGCAGAUUGAACAUGAACCAAACACCAAAACGCACAUCUACGCGUUGCUACUGUGUUUGGCAUUAUCCUGGCCAUGCGUUUGCUUGCCCUAUUGCUGCACCUCUUGCCGGGAUACUGUGCACCGAUGCCCUCGCUGCAAAUCAUUUAUCGGUGUGUAUCGGCGUUAAGGGUAGGCACACUGCAGAUUCAUUGCAAUGAUGCUAACAAGAAGCUUAAUGGUGCCAUAUUUUCGAUAAGGGUAACAACUAGACAUUGCAACAACUAGAGGUUGUUUUAUCUGCAUCAUUUUGUAAUAAAGAUUAUUAACAUCUUA